CCAAUGAAGUAAAGGUAGUUGAAGUUGGCCACAUUGAGUGAGGAAGCGGCCAAUCCCUCCAUCUCUCUCUUUCCUUCUCGUCAUGAUGAUUUCAGAAGCCAAAAGGGAAAAGAAUUAUAAAUCCCACAAAAGGUGAAAGGUGGCUAAGGAGGAAAAGUAAAUUCAUACAAGCAAGAACACGAUUCAAAGUUCUAGUGAGAGAAACUGCUAAAGAAAGGCAGAAGAUAGAGGCUUGUGGCACAGGAAGGACAGGGAGGGUAGAGAGAUAGAAGGCUCUUGUCUGCUUUGCUCUUCCUUUCUGUUGAAAAACAGCUUUUUGAAGGGUUUUUGGAAGGUCGGGAGGUUUGCAAGGCACGAAAGGGAUACUAAGCACAUCACAAUAAAGGCUUCAGAAGAGGAAUUUGAGAAGAAGUCAAUAAUUUAUGGAUCAUGUGACUUUUGGGGAGAAACAGUAAUGCUAGGAACAUGGGAAAGAAAGGCAGUUGGUUUUCUGCGAUCAAGAGGGUGUUUAUUCACCAUUCUAAGGAAAAACUAGUCAAUGACCAAGAGAAGAAAAGCACAAAAGAAAAGAAGAAGGGUUUUGGAAAUCUAAGGCAUGGGGAGUCCAAUUCAUUAAUUCCUCUAUUCAAAGAGCCAAGCAGCAUUGAGAAAAUUUUUGGUGAUUUUGAAAAAGAGCAACAAAAAGUAACUUUUAGGCCUCCCACGCCUCCUGAGCAACCAAAUGCAUCCCCGUUUGCCUCUCCUAGGCUAGCUUCUCCAAGGGUUGCCUCUCCUAGGCUUGCUUCUCCAAGGGUUGCCUCUCCUAGGCUUGCUUCUCCAAGGGUUGCUUCCCCCAGAGCUGCUUCUCCUCAGAGUGUUCGUCAAAAGGAGAUUAGCCACAGACCAGAACCAACACUAAACCACCAUGCUUCAGCGACUAAGAUCCAAGCAACCUAUAGAGGUUAUAUGGCAAGGAAAAGCUUUAGAGCAUUAAAGGGCCUGGUGAGGCUUCAGGGAGUUGUGAAGGGACAGAAUGUAAAGCGCCAGACGAUGAGCGCCAUGAAAUACAUGCAACUCUUGGUGCGUGUUCAAUCUCAGAUUCAGACACGGAGGGUCCAGAUGUUAGAAAACCAAGCUCGGCAUCAAGCUCCAUCCAGGAAUGAUAAAGAAGUGGAGGGUACCUUUGACAAAUGGAGCCAGGCAUCUGAGGCAGGUAACCAUGAUGACUGGGAUGAUAGCUCGCUGACAAAGGAGCAGAGAGAGGCAAGAUUGCAGAAAAAGGUUGAGGCAGUUGCUAAGAGAGAAAGAGCCAUGGCCUAUGCAUAUUCACACCAGUUGUGGAAGGCCUCUCCUAAAUCAGGUCAAACACCUCUAAAGGAUAUCAGAUCUGGGGGAUUUUCACGGUGGUGGAACUGGUUAGAACGUCAGCUGCCUCCAGCAAAUCCACCCGAAAGCCAUGCAAUGAAGAAUUUUCAACUUACACCUCCAAGACCGCAUUCAGAGCUGAAGCCAAGCCCACUUCCCCAAUCAAGUGAUUACAAGCAACAUCAUUCUGGGUUUGAUAAUAUGGAUAUUGCCACACCAAAAUCCUCAAAAUCAACUAUAGUCAUGACAGGAAAACAGGCUCGAACCCCACCUCCUAAUAGAACCUCACUAGGCAACAGCAGCUUGUCAAGGUAUUCAAGACCAAGAGCUAGUGGAGCCGAUUCCCCUUUUGAUCUGCCAUUUAAGGAUGAUGACAGCCUCAUGAGCUGCCCACCAUUUUCAGUUCCGAACUACAUGGCUCCAACAUUUUCAGCCAAAGCCAAAGUAAGGGCUGGUAGUAACCCCAAGGAAAGGUUUCCAGGGACUCCGGGCAGCGAGUCUAACAGGCGAAUUUCAUCACCUUUGACACAAGGCAUAGGGUCUUUGAAGUGGAACAAGGGCUCCUUGUUCUCUAACAAGGAUUCUAGCUCCCCAAGAAUGUUAGACAAAAACCAGUCACUCCAGUCAAUAGGGAAUUUGAGUGUGGAUUCAACAGUUUCUUUACCUGCUGGGGUUGGAAGGAAGCCGUUUAACCGAUUUGUGUGAUUUCGUUUGGUUUAUUUUUUACCUUUUAUAUCCCCCAUCGUGGUGUCUAUUUUAAUUGAGUGUAUUGUGAUAGUUUGAUUUAUAUGAUACUGAAAAAAUAUAAUAAUGAAUAAAAAAUAGGAUGAUGGUUUGGAUGUAAA